AUGUCGUCCAGUGGACAGAACUCUCAGGACAGUAAUUCAGAGAGUGGUCAGAGACGCGGCUCUGGAUCGCGUCGUCCUAAUCUGAUUGAAUUUGUCGACAGCCAGGAUCCCAAUGUGAGAAGUGCCAUUCAGAGACACACGGCAUACCAUUCGGCGGCUCAACGGCGAGAUGCCAGGUCACGACUUCUACGACGUUCCAGUCAAACUCGAUAUCUGGAAUGGGGGAGACGUCACCAACAGAGCACCGAAGCCACCCCAGCGACUUCCUCAGCCAGCAGUGCGAGUUCCGUUUCCAGAUCCCCGGCGCCAUCUGGGCCGGAAGGACCUGAAGCCGCAAGUCGGACGACGAGCAAUCAAACCGAACAGGAAUCAGAGAUAUCUACAAGUUUGUCGGAGACAAUGUCCAACACCGGUACGACGUCGAUAGGAGGACCAGCAAUUUCAGACAAUGAUUCAAUAUUACAAUUCUAUCGCUCGACCUUUUGCGAACAUUCUUCAUACAGAGACAUCUUCGAUUCUGCCAUCGCAUAUAUACUUGAGCACGAUGCGGCUCGGCAUCUACUUCUCGCCUACGCCUACGCCAUGCGGUGGAGGCUGCAGGCCAGCUCCGAGACAGUACAGGACCAAGUCGGGGCACAGUCACAUCUAGGCCGGGGCACCAAUAUGUUGUGGAAUCGUUUACAAAUGCCUGGCCAUGCCAGCAGCGAUUCCAACAUUCAGGCCGUUCUUCUAUUGUUGGCCUACACGGCGGAUUUCGGACAAGCCAGUGAGAUCCGCCUCCAUGCCGACGCUUUACGGACCAUGGUCGAGCAGCGUGGAGGGCUCGAUACGUUUCGGCAUAACCCAGGGCUUCAGCAGCAACUCUGGGCCAUCGAGAUAUCCCGCCAGUAUCAUUUAACGCUGGGCUGUGAACCUUCAUGCCCGAAUCCGUUGAGGUUCCCCGAUGGGCUGCGGUUGCGUGCGCCUCGUGAGGAGGACCGAAGGAAUUAA